GACCCUCCGAUAUGUUCCCGAAAGCUCCCAAGACAAAAUCAUCUCAGAUGAAGAUGUCUUUGAAACACUACUGAAAAUAUUUAAAGCUCUGUUCAUAAAUGACUUCAGUAGACAAGCACAGAUUUUGGCCUUACUUCCAGAAAUCAAGACUAAAUAUCUGGGAUUACUGACUCUUGAGCAGAAGCGAUCAAAAGUAAAUUCGUGUAAUCACCAGAGUCAACACGUGUCUGGUCCAGACGAAGUUCUGUUCAAUACGCUGGGGUUCAGUGUCACUCGAGACCGAAGUACCCUGGCGUCUGCUGGAACUGGAGUCUUUGUUACCAAAGGUUUUGUACCGAAAGGGACGGUUGUAGCUAUGUAUCCUGGUACAGUAUACAGAAAGCAUGAGCCCAUCUUUUUCCAGUCCCUUGGCAAUCCCUUUAUUUUUAGGUGCAUAGAUGGCGUCCUUAUUGAUGGGAAUGAUAAAGGACUAUCAAGGUCAGUGUACAGGUCUUGCAGUAGGAGAGAUCAACUUGGCCCAUUUCACAUGAGUGACGAGAGCUGGCUCACAGCUGCCCUGCAAAACCCACUGGCAGUGGGACAGUAUGUCAACAACUGCUCACAUGAGAAAGCAGCCAACGUAUGUUACCAGGAGUUUGAUGUGCCCGAAUAUUUUCCGGUAGAGCUGAAACAGUAUCUUCCAAACAUCGUCUACAGCCAUGACAUAGAGAG